AGAACCGAAGGUUCGUAUGCGUCGGAGACAUUGCGACGAGAGGCCGGGCGCAGUGAACCGGGUCGGGGUGACAGUAAAGGUUCGGACAGCCGUGUGUCUUCUUCCUCAAAAUUACGACUGUCACGAUUACCACGGUUAGCCACGUCCGGUACGCUACCUUCCUGGGUCGACGCCAAGAAGAGAAAGGUCGCACUCCGCUCCAGCAGUAGUCGACUCCCCGCUGCCACACAUUUCAAACACACCGCCUUCCCCGAACACCCGCUCAUGUGCACCAACCGAGCCGACCUGGCCGAUCCCCUGACUGGUCGGGACCUCCUGACUGGUCGGGACCUCCUGAAUGGUCGAGACCUUCUGACAGGUCGGGACCCCCUGACUGGUCGGGACCCCCUGAUUGGUCGGGAGCAGUCCGGCGGAGGGCAAGUGUUGAGUCGCGACCAGCAGCUUAGCCGAGACCAGCAGCUCAGUCGCGACCAACAGUUCAGCCGGGACCACCUAAGCCGAGAGCAGCUGAGCCGAGAACCCCUGAGCGGGGGCCGCGUGGCGGAAUCGGAUGUGCGGCGUUAUUUGUCGUCGUCGUCGUCGUCGUCGAGUCACGCUUCGUUAUUUGCGGCGGAAUCGCCGGGGUCGGAGGCGGAUUUGGUGGACAACCGGCGGCAGUCGGACUUUGCGUCUUGUUGCACGUCUUGCGCCGUGGUAGUGUCGGACACGUGUGUACGUUGUGGUUGCUGGCAUUCGUGUGCAUGUGCAACGAACGAUCCGUUCUGGCCAUUGGCGUUAUUGUGGUAUAUGAUGACUGAACAGGAGUUGAUAGCGCGGAUGACGGAGCUGCACCGGCAGUACGAGGGUCGUUGUCGAUGGCCGGAUCUGCGUUUAAUUUAUGCACGCACACAGGCGAGUAGUUGGGCAUGUUUGUGGUCUUUGAUUGAGUUGUGUACGCGUUUUCUGCACUACGCGGAUACGCCGAAACGGGCGCUGGUUGAGGGGCAGUUCAUGGAGUUGACGUCACUGCUCUUUGUCUCGCAGCCGAAGCAGCUUUUUCGGCUUCGUUCGGUACGUGUUCUGCCCUUCAUCAAGGCCUUCGUCAUCUUCAGCGCCGUGAACCACGUGACGCCGUUGCGUAUGCCCAACGCCACCGUGGACAGCGUGAGACUCGAACCGGGGCUUGACUGGUCGGGACCCGGCGCGGCGCCGCCGGGUGCGAUGUUGAGUAGUUUACCGCUCUUGCUAGGCCAGGCACUACAGGACGCUUCCACGUACGGAGACGUGUUGCAGUUGACGCGCAUGUGUCUCUCAAUUAUCUCACUCGCCUUCGGUUUCCAGGGCAUGCCGCAGAGUCCGCACCGACUACACGAGUCGCUCGCGCACUACGUCGUCGGAAGCGGCGGGAAACUGGAUCCGCGCGGGCUCACGCCUUCGGACGCGCUCGGACUGCACAUCUGCCGUGUGUUUUACGAAAGCGGUAUAAUCAACUGCAUCUCCGCCAUCGAGGAACGCUGCAUGCGUGGUCAUGUUGACGUGGGUCCGGUCCCGAAGGGUAUUCUGAACCUAGCGCUGUACCUGAUCCGGUUCGUGCAGACACGCAAGUUCGAUGCCGAUACGCCGCUGCUGUCGCUCUCAGCUGUAGUCUACCAAGACGUGAACGAGUGGCUCCUGCUUGACGCGGCUCCCGCCGCCCUUACCAAACGUCAUGUGCGCCGCAAGGCACGCGGUACCGCCUUCAAAGGAGCCAUCCCCAUGACCGUUGGUGGCGUGUUGCAACGCGCUGCUCUCCAGGAACUGCGGUGCCUCAAGGUCACUGUCGACGUAGGCAUGCUCCUACGCUGCGCCAUCUUCUCCACCGACCGUCCAGGCACCAAUGUAACUGGUACUGGCACCGGUGGUGGUCCAGGGAAUAGCGGUGGAGCGGGCGAGGGCAGCGGCGGCAGUUCAUGCACGGCAGCUUGUGGGCUAAGCGCCUUCGGGCACAGCGCCUUGGGGCACAGCGCCUUCGGACACAGCACGGGCGGCGGUAGCGCGUUCGGACACAGCGCGUUUCCGCAGGAAGGCUCGGCCUCACCACCUGGUUUCGCUCCGGCCGGUUUCGCACCACCCGGUUUUGUGCCACCGUCGGUGCAUGGAGCGACAUUGAGUCCGAGUCGCGAAUGGGGCGUCUCACUCGGGCCGGGAGGAAGCAGUCGCGGGAGCAGCGGCGCCUGGGCGUUGUGGGACAGUGAGCGGCGAUGGGGAGCACAGUCGAGUGCGUAUUCGAACACCAGUGGAAUGUGUGAUACUGGUAAGAUGCUAGGGAAUGUUGGACAACGCGUGCCGGCCGAUCUGCCUCUGGGUGUGACGGGGGACUCCUUUAGUUUCUUCCAAGACGAGGCGUUCCCCAUCAACACGUUGGGAUAUUAUUUGACGUCGGUCGACACCGACAUCGCGCGUUUACGCAACAUUGCUGCGCACCGCGGGCUUGCUGUCACCAUGGUCGACGCCGCCAAAGACGUCCUGCCCGGUGUCGUUCCUAACGAGGCCGACAUCUAUUCCGAAACUUCCGUUUCCUGGUCCGGCGUCGACUACUACUCCGCCGUGCUCUCUACCUCAGAUGACGAAGACCAAAACACGCCAGCCAGCGGAACGGCCGCAGCUCACAUGCCCCUCUACGAGAAACCCAGACGCACCGUGACACAAGCCAUCUUCGAAGCCGUUCACCAACUGCGAUUCCAAGCCGGAGGCGGCCGUGCGGGCGGCGGCCUGCGCGCUCCCGGCAGCAGCCUCCGUCCUCCCGGCAGCAGUAUCGAGCCAAGCAGCGGCUUCGAACCCGCUACCUCGGACGGCACCGCCCCGUUGGUUGUCACCAAAAUCCUCUCCUGGUUCAAGAGAGAAAAAAACUCAGAGGAGCCCGUGUUCCGCAGCGCUGCUGGUCCCGCAAGCCCCACCGAGACACAGUGUAACAAGGCGACACAGUGUAACAAGGCGACGCAGUGGAACAAGGCGUCGCAGUGGAAGAAGACGAUGCAGUGGAAUAAGACGAUACAGUGGAGCAAGGGAAGACCCGCUAUGGGUGGCAACGGCCCUCCGGGGUCUCUGCUUGGCGGCAGGUUCCUGGGCGACGAGCAGCUGAUGGCCGAAAGCCGAGCCUUUGCCGGCGUUAGGGCCAAUCUCGGAAGUAGUUUGAUGAGCGAGGCGCUUUAUGACGACAUGCGCUACUUUUCGCCGGAGCGAGCGAACAGCAAGAUGGGAGGCCGCGAGUGUAGCAUCGUCAGUCUCGGUGGCACCCGUUACGGAGGCAUUACGGGCAUUUACGGGGCGGGUGGCCACCGAAUUUGUCCAUGCGCACACGCGUGUCCAACGAAUAGAAUGAGAAGAAGGGAUUGGAUUGAUGAAUUUUUCAGUACGUUCCACUUAACGAGACAUAGGCAGUACAUUUCUGGGCAUCAGUGGAGCUUAUCCUCAGCGACAAUUCCGCGUUCCGUUGAGGAGAUUUGCGAAAAAGUUGAGACUAUGACAUUUGAUGAGAUUCAAGGCGAUUCGUUGCUGGCAAUCGUGACAGUGUUGAGUCACAUUCUAUACGAGGUACCUUCUAUAUCGAGUUUGCCUUUAUCCGGCUAUAGGUUUGUUCUUUAUUUACUUCCCGACUUUUGGUUCAGCUACUCCUGCUGUUCGGUUCGCGCCCGGAUUGCGCAGCUCCUGGUGCGCUGCAUCAUUCGUAUGACAUGCGACGGCGACCCGCAGGAUGCUCUACGGCGUCAAGUGCGUGUGCGUAUCAUCGCGGAAAUGACCAACUUGAUCAGCGGCGCCGUGAUCCCUUCGGUGCGCAAAGGCAGCUUGGCUCUUGCAUCGCCAUACCUGUGCCCCAUCCUUAACGCGCCGCCGGCGUUCAAAGCGCACUUCACGUUGUUGAUGCAGGUCUUGGACACGGCGUUGAUGGACAUCGCAUCCUGUGCAGAUCAACUAGCACCCGCCUCCUUGGGGGAGUUGUUGAGCUCUCUGUCGCCAUUUACAAACCCGUAUCACUUCAGCAUCGUGCGCCGGAUCCUGAUGGCGACGAGCGACCUGCGCAUCGCGCUGCAGACCGUAGACCAUGUCGCCUCCACCACGACCAUCUCACGCGCCGCAGACAACGCGGUCUUCUUCAACAGCUUCAGCUACGACUGGGUCCUCACGCUGCUCAGCUUGCUCGAACGUGUCCGGAAUCUGAUGGGGAAAGGCAACUCCAUCAACUUUGUCAACGACGUCGGUCUCUUUUACGUCGCCUCGCAACUCAAGGCGCACUGCAUCCAGGCCUUGGUCGUCGAAAUCGUCAUGGGCAAGGUCCUCAUCAAGGACUACAAGUCCAUGGAAGAAAUCUGGAACCUCGCACCCCCCGUCAUUCGGCCCUGGAUCGCCCUCCUGCCAGAGUUCUGGUGCAUGCCCAGCGCCGAGGCAUUCGCCGAAUCCAUCUACGACGACAACUGUCCCAUGUACCUCUCCGGCUUCCGCUGCCAAACGCCAAGCAACGCCCCCGGCGUGCUUUGCUGGAACACCGCGGCCUGGCAAGUCCAGCUUUGUCUUCUUGACACGCAGUACACACAAGACAAUGCCUAUGAACCCCUCGACCGCUACGCCAUCUUCUUCGAUACCAAACAUACUGGGCCCAACCAGCAAAAAAACCCCAACGACGAGAACACACACUCCGCCGUCACCACCGUCGAGACGCGCUUCAAACGCCCCAAGCGACGCAUCCCCUCCAAGAACGGCUCCAAGGACGGGCGCUACGGCAGCGGCCGCCAGGAAAGCGGGCGCUACGAAAGUGCCCGUCUCGACGGCCGGCACGACAGCAUGGCCGGCCCCGCAGCCACGCGAUCCAGCACGCUCCUGGGUCGCUCCAGUGUGCCUGAGCCGCCUGGCACCGAAUUGCGCCAAAGUCCAGCCGAGCGGUUUGAGCCCGGCACCCGCCUGGGCGAACCGACACCGGACAGCGAAGACGGCCACUCCCACCCCGACACGUUGGAAGGGAAAUACCGCAUUCCCUGGGCCCGCGGUUCCUCCGCACAGGCUGCCGGUUCCAGCAUCAUCACCCCCUCGCCCUUCCUGUCCAAGCUGCCGUUCGUUCGUAUUGUCUGUGAUGGCAGCCUUUCUCACAGCGGUCUAGGCGACAGCGGUUUUGACCCAGGCCUCCCGGCCCCGGGUCUCCAGGCCAUCAGCACCGCCAGCCUCACCGCCUCCUCCGCCGCCGCAGCCAGCGGCUCCAGCGCCAGCGGACCCGGCUACGGGCCGUACAUUGGCGGUCGAACGUUGCUCCCGCCUCCCGGCGCUCCGGCCGAGCCCCGCGGCCCGCCCCAUCGCUACGGCGCUGAACGCUUCGCCCCCGAACGCUUCGCUCCCGAGCGGCUCCGGACGGCGGGGGAAGGCCUGGGAACUGGCGCGUCGGGACCGUUCAGUGCUGGUGUGAAGGCGGUCUCAUUCGACUUGCCAUGUUACGCGUACCCCAUUUUCAUCAAUCCGGAUUUGAUGACGCGGUUCACCAAACUCUUCGACGAGCAAGUGUCGGGCUCCACGAGGGAGAUGUGGUCGGAGGCGCAAGCGGUUUUAUUGACGUGGAACUUCUUGCUCAGUAACGGCAGUGCGCACAAGGCGGAGCCGUUCAGCGUGAACAGUGGGCUGGGCAAACUCGCCUUCAACUCGCCUAAUCUGACCUCCGAAUCCUUCCAAUGGCUAGCCAGCGGCUGCGUACUUCCUCCCGCAGGCCUGGAAAUCUCGGAGAUGAGCCCCGACACUGAACUCAAAAUCGCACUUGGCCUCGACAUGAACUCCGUCAUCGGCCCGCCUGUCUGGCUUGACGAGUUCGGCGAGGUCCAGCAACUCCCGGUCUUCUGCACCGUCACUGUGCGCGAGAUCCUCAGCGCCCGCAAACAAAACACGCACGCGCCAGACGAGCAGAAAGCGGAAGUCUCCUCCAUGGAACUCGACCACUUCGCACCCCUGCCCUCCGACCGACUGGGAACGGACGACCGCCCGGGAAACGAUGCCCGCCAGAGAGCCGACGGCCCCCAGAGAACCGACGGCCGGCAGAGACUAGACUCCCGCCAACUGGACUCGCGUCAGUUGGACUCCCGCCAACUUGAUUCUCGGCAGAGAGUGGACUCUUCGAGUGCUAGCCACCGUUUGGGUUCGCAUACUCGGUUUGCGCAGUGCGAGGGGGGGUUGCGUGGGACGUCUCCGGCGAUCAGGUCAUGUGUGGGCGAGGAGGCAGAGGGCAGUUGGUUCCGCAGCGAGGAGAGUCAGUCGGAUUUGACGCCGAGGCUGGAGUUACUAGUUGUGAAGAGUUUGCCGUACAACGUGGUGUUGCAAGUCGUUGGUCGGCGUGUUUUCCUAGCGGGACUCAAUUUCUUGACCAAGCGUUACCUCUCGAUCGACGGAUUCACGCAACGCUGGGCCAGACGCAAGAGCCGCCAGGCCGUGCUGCAAGGCGACAUCUCCCCCCGGGAGGUGGGUAGCUAUUUUCGCCGGCUCUGGACGCUGCUUGAGCGCGGUAGUAUCCGCGUGCGUGCAAGCGAAAGCCGCCGUCCGAACCUUGGCGCGUUGUUACGACCCACGCGCACGGGCUGGGGUAUGGUAUCACGGUUCCCCAACGGCCGCCGCUUCCUCCUCAAGAAGCUCCAAACGAUCAAGCCCGAGCACUUCCACAACCUCAACGUCGUCCGCAACCUCGUCGGACUCACCGUAGACGUCAAGGGCAGUUGGGAACCUGCUACGCGCACUCUCGUAAUCCUCGGCUGCCGCUUCGGCCCACUCACCGACCUUCCCAAAGAUCUCAGCACGCUCCUGCUCUUCAAUUAUCUCAGGCAUGAAGCACCCUUCUACAUCAGCCUCAAACACUGUCCGGCACUGCCCGUGUUCAAGCCCUUUGUCUCCUACAAACUCCGCAGCAAUGUCUUCCUCUUCAUCUGUGCACACUCCCUCCUCAAACUCCACCAACUUAUUUAUGAUGGUGCAGAACAGUCCCGCCCAGACCGGCCUCGAGAACUCCCCAAAACCGUCUCGGCCGCGACCUUCCCGCUGCUCGCCCGCCGCGGCGGCGCAGAAGAAGAUGGCCUCAGCGAAGGCUCGGGCGCCUGCUCCGGCGACGGACACGCCGUGUCCUACAUCUCCAUGGGGGGCGUGCUCAGUAUGCAGACCGUGAGCAACGAGGGCGCCGUCCUCGCUACCGGGCACAGCGCCGCCCACUUGCUCGCCGACGCCGAGGUCAAGACGCGCGUCCUCCCGCGCAGCCGCCUCCUCAGCGUCAUUCCGCGAGACCAGUUCGACGAGUCCGCCGUCUCACCCAUGUCCUGCAUACAGGAACGUGACGAAGCACCCCAAACCGGCUGGUUCUGGGACGAACAAGACGACUACCUCCUGACACAAAACUCCAGCCGCCGCUACUCCUGGCGCCGCGAUGACUCAGCCACGCUCCCCUACCGCCCCGGGGAGUCACCACCGCGACGGCCCUCUCUGACCCUUCGCCGGGCGCCCUCGCUCCGCCGCGCACCCGAACGAGCGCGCGCGCCCUCGCUCGAAAACCAGGCGAAAAAGCCCGUAACGCGUGCACAGACACUCACGCUGCCGCUGCCGAGCAGGCGACCACCGGGCGACGCCGAGGCGCCGCUCACGGACGACCGCCCGAGCGCUUUGGUGGCGGUUGCGCGUCCGCCGGCCGGGAGUCGCACUUCGGGCUCCAACCUCGAUAGCAGCCACCCCUUCACCGGCGCAGAACUCUCUUCCGCCAGCUCCGAUGGAGACGACCUCACUGACGAGUCCGGCUGGUACCCCUCGGAGCCACUCACGGACGGCAGCGAAGGCGCCGCGCGCCACGCGGAGGGGACCGAGGAUGAGAAAGAGGAGCGAGAAGGCGGCGCCUCGUCCUCUGAACGGUCCUGCUCGCUGCCGCCAGGCGCGGCCUCGCGCAGCAGGCCGCCCGACGGCCUCCUGACGCUGGACCGGGCGGGUCGCAACAACGGUUCGCUUUACCGGGCCAACGCGAACGGUUCGCUGAACCGAGCGGCGGCGCGCGCGAAUUUUCGCGCGCGUGUGCGCGCGCGAUUACGCGCAAAUGCACGCCACCCGAGCGAGCGGCGCCAGAGUGACCGGGGGGUGGACGUCCAGCUGGGCAGCAACAUGGAAAGUAAGUUGAGCAGCAAGAUGGGAAGUAAGAUCGGCAGUAAGUUGAGCAGUAAGUUGAGCAGUAAGUUGAGUGGCAAGACUGGCCGCGGGGGCCCGAGCAGUGGCGCGUCUGGGCGCGCGGGCGAGACGCCGGGCAUCGCGUUGCGGCGGGCCAGUUCCGCGCGCGGGUCGCAGCGCGGCCGGCGCAGCAACUCGGAGAACACGGGCGACUCUGGGACGCGGAAGCCGCGUCCCCUCAGCUCGGACACGCUGGACACGUCGAGCACGUGGACGGUGGACGCGCCAGACGAUAAGUCCGGUGUCUCCUCGCAUAACCCGCGCAACCCGUUCGGCUCCGACUUCGCUUCCGAAAACGCCGCCAAGGAAACCUCCGAUGCCGACAGCGAGCUAGCAGACCGACCGAUUACGCACAUCAUGACCAAACAAAUAGACGUUCCGGGCCGCGGUUCCGAAGCCCGCGUCUUCGAAACCCGAGAUUCCGAAGCCCCCGAAGCAGAAGCGAGAAUUGCGACUCGGAGCGACGCGGCAUCGACUGCAGACGCCGGCUCACCCGCGACGCUCCUUGCAACUGGCUCGACUCACACCCCGUCCGUGGUCGUAGGAGAUCUCUCAUUUCGUUCUGCUGCCGUCGGACCGCCGUCUUAUUCUGCCAACCUGUCCGCAGACCAAGAGCCGAGAGACCAAAAGCCAAGAGAGCGAGACCAAGAGCCGAGAGAGCAAGAUCCAAGAGACUCAGAGCCGAUAGACCGAACGCAUGGGUCCAAUGAGCGGAUGGGCGAAAAGCGUUUUUCUGAAUGUCGAGGCCGCGGUUUAUCUAGUGCAUCUGAAGGCAUGCUUCGGAGCUCGGCAGCGUUGGCGAAGCCUGCAACUGACUGUCAGCAGUCGAUUUCUACGAGCCGGCCCUUCACCGAUCGGAGUUCCCUAACCUUCGCUUUCGACCCGAAGUUGUACGCCCGAGGCGACACAAUGACACUAUGCCACGGAGGCAGUCCCGACGCGCUGGACCGUUCACUACCGGACGAACACCGGACGUACACGGCCGAACCGUCGCGCUCGGCGCUGGCCGGACGUACCUUCACGGUCUGGAACGCGGACUCGCUCCUCCCGGCCCAGUUGUCGAGACCCGACACAACUCAAGUGUCUUCCAGAGAACGGAGUACUUCCAGAGAUCGAGUUUCCUCUAUACCGGAGGCCCUUCAUGGAGUGGAAGUCCUUUCCCGAGCAGAACUCUCUUCUGCUCAUGAGGUCCUUUCCCAAGCAAAAGUUCCUUCUGAAGCGGAACUCUCGUCGGGUCACGAAAUGCCUGUUGAAGGGUCGGAAGAUGGAACGCCGCCGCGGGCGAGUGUGCAGGGAGAGUGCCUGUUCGCUCUGGACUCAUCGGGCGUGGAGCUGACUGGGGACGACACGGGCGAGGAGGCGGUGGCGCAAGUUGGCGGCUCAGUCGACGAGCGAAACAAUGCCUUGACGACCGCGCUGAGACAGCGCCUGGACCGGACGUGUCUGGACCGGACAAGUCUGGGCCUGGGUGGGGAGCUAAAGGAGGACUGGACGGAGAAGCUGAAAACGGACUUGAAAACGGACUUGAAAACGGAGCUGGAAACGGCCACCGGGACGCCGGGGGUGGUAGGAGGACCGCAAGGAGGAAGGAGAGGAGGAGGACGAACAGGAGGAGGAAGGACGGAAGGAGGAAGGACGGAAGGAGGAAGGACGGAAGGAGGAAGGACGGAAGGAGGAGGGCCGUUAGAGGAGGAGGACCGGAUGUGGUCGCGGCCAGUAUCACUGAAGCACCAGUUCGCGGACUGCGCGACACAAUCGACUUAUGUGCAGCGCAAGUUCGCGCAAAGUGGGACGACAUAUGGCGGGGAGGCACCGCCUGCGACGACCGAUGAGGACCAGGCAGGUUCCAACCGGGUCAGUGUUCGGGAGGCCUCGGACGAUGCGUCGUCUGGGAGUGUUGUCAUAUCGCCAAUUAGCUCGCCGCUUAACAGCAGUCUAUUCAUUAACAACCAGGGGCCUAGUGAGUUCCAAGAGUGCUCCAGGAACUUGGAAAAUCGGAAUUGUCGACACGGUUACAUCCCUGAGUAUAAGACUGCGGUGAAGCUUCUGGAGAAGUAUAAAGAUUCGCCUUUACUCGCAUACGACCACCGACACAAAGCUAUAAUGCGGCUUGUAAGUACGGGAGAUUAUCGGGAUCGGUUCACGGGCACGGACAGGGUAUGGCACUAA